AUGGCACCCACCGGCCUCUUCCAGAUCCCCUCCCUCACAUCCCCGCAGCACUUUAUCGACCUUGCACAGCACACCCUCGCACGCGCACAGCUCCUAGUAGACCGCAUCGCACGCGCAAACAACCCAGACACCCCCCCGCACGAGCUCGCCCAGGUCGUACGCAACCUCGACCGCCUCAGCGACCUCCUCUGCGGCGUAAUCGACAUGGCCGAACUCGUGCGCAACGCACAUCCGGACCCCUACUGGGCAUCCGCCGCAAACGCCGCCUACGAGUACCUCUGCGGGUACAUGAACGUGCUCAACACCCACACCGGCCUCUACGCCGUCCUCAAAAAGAUCCUCUCCGACCCCCGCAUCGUAGACUCGCUCUCCGAAGAGGCCGUCGCAGUCGCAAACGUCUUCCUGCGCGACUUUGAAAAGUCCGGCAUCCACCUCGCACCAGAGCAGCGACAGCGCUUUGUCGAGCUCAGCGACGAGAUCCUCGUCCUCGGCAGGGGCUUUCUCCAGGACAUUGCCGGCAAUGGCGCCGACGAGGCCGAUGGCGACGGCGCCAACCCCUAUGCCAAGGCCAACGCCAACACGGCUUCGCCAUCGCCCCACGAGCAGCCCGUCGAGAUCCCGCUCGCUUGGCUCAAGGGCAUGAACCCCACUCUCGUAAACGCCCUCCGCUCCAGCUGCCACGACGCCACCGACUCGUCGCUGUUCUUCUCGCCAUCUGAACAUCCCUGGGCGUUCCAGACCAUCCUCAAGCACUCGCCAGACGAGCAGGCGCGCAAGGUGGCCUUUGCCGCCGCCAACUCGGCCAGCGCCGCACAGAUCCAGCGCCUGGAGCGCCUGCUCAAGGCGCGCGCCGAGCUCGCCGUCUUGACGGGCGCCUCGUCGUACGCCGAAAUGUCGCUGGGCGACAAGAUGGCAAAGAAGCCCGACAACGUCGAGGAGUUUCUGCGCGCCCUCACCAACCACCACCGGCCUCGGGCGGCGCGCGACAUGGACAAGCUGCGCCGCCUCAAGCUCAAGGACCAGCUCGCCCGCCUCAACGGCGACGCGCGCACCCUGGCCGCCUCGCACACCCAGCUGCCCGCCUUCCACGCCUGGGACCGCGACCUGUAUACCGACGCCCACUUCCGCUCGCCCUCGAUGCGCAGCGUCCAGCCCCUCUCUCCCUUCUUCUCGCUCGGCAGCGUCUUUGCCGGCCUGUCGCGCCUCUUUUCCGCCCUCUACGGCAUCCGGUUGCGCGCCGCGCCCGUCGCACCGGGCGAGGUGUGGAGCGAGGGCAGCGGAGACGUGAUGAAGGUCGAGGUGCUCGACGAGCGCGAGGGUGCCAAGGCGGGCGCGGGCGGCUCGACCGGCUCCACGGCGCCAGAGGGUCUGGUGGGCACCAUCUACGCCGACCUGUGGAGCCGCGAGGGCAAGCCGGGCGGCGCGGCGCACUACACUGUCCGAUGCUCGCGGCGCGUCGACCUCGACGACGAGGCGGGCGACUUUGAGCACGGCCGCUCCGAGUCCGGCGGCCGCGUCCACCCCACCGACCUUGGCGGCGACGGUGGCAUCGGCAAUCCGCUCCACGUCCCAACGUCGUUCCAGCGCGAUCGGCCCGGGCGCUUCCAGCACCCGGUCGUGGUCCUGAUGUGCGACUUCCCGCGGCCCAAUGGCAGCAGCCAGACGUCGCCGUGCCUGCUCGGGUGGCACGAGGUCGAGACCCUGUUUCACGAAAUGGGCCACGCCAUCCACUCGAUGAUCGGCCGGACGGCGUACCACAACGUUUCGGGGACGCGGUGCGCCACCGACUUUGUCGAACUGCCGUCGAUCCUGAUGGAGCAUUUCCUCUCUUCGCCGGCCGUGAUUGACGUCGUGGCUCGGCACUAUGGCACGGACGCCAAGCUGCCGUACGAGCACCUCGAGACGCACCUCGCGGCCAGCAAGAGCCUCGAGGGGCUGGACACGUACCACCAGAUCCAGCUGGCGACCCUCGACCAGGUCUACCACUCGAGCCGGGCCGCCCAGGACGGGUUCGACAGCAGCGCCGUUUACGCGGCCAUCGAUGGCGAGAUGACGCUGGGCGCCGACGAUGGCGGUCUCACGUCGUCGAGCGACGGGCCGGUGCCGGUGCACCCUCAGACCAAGUUCUCGCACCUGUUCGGGUACGGCUCGACGUACUACUCGUACCUCCUCGACCGGGCGAUUGCGUCGCGCGUCUUCAAGGACCUGUUUGAGCGCGAUCCGCUCUCGCGCGGUGCGGGCGACAAGCUCAAGGAGGUGCUGCGGUACGGCGGCGGCAAAGACGCCUGGUCGCUCCUCGCCACCCUGCUCGGCGACGAGCGGCUAAAGGAAGGUGGGAGAGAGGCGAUGCGCAUCGUCGGUCGUUGGGGCAUCGAGGACGAGAAGCGAGAGGCCAAGGCCAGGUUGUAG